GUUAGCGGCACCAUGAUUCUGCAUCGGAUACUGCGGCUUUCUUCCAUUUUUCGCUCGGCUGUUUCCGUCCACCUGCGCAGAAACAUAGGGCUUUCUGCUGUUGCCUUCAAUAAGGCAAAAGAGCUCGACCCAGUGCAGAAGCUCUUCUUGGACAAGAUCAGAGAAUACAACACAAAGAGCAAGCAAGCUGGAGGGCCUGUUGAUGCAGGCCCUGAAUUCCAGAAGGACAUGGAUGAAUCUCUUGCUAGACUUCAACGGGCAUAUGGUGAGGGAGAUCUAACCAAGUUUCCAGAAUUUAAAUUUGAGGAGCCCAAGUUUGAGGAGACUCCAAAGUGAUCUCUGCAGGCUGUACACCAAACGGCAGUGUACCUCAAUGGAGUUGCUGAACGUGGCAUCAGUUGUAACUUAAUAAAUGCAGUGUUUCAGUUUGAUUUCAGAA